UUUUAUCAUGCUUAUCACAAUUUAAUAAUUAAAAAAUGGAGGUAACCGAGGGCGUCUUUGAGUUAAAAGCACUUAAAGCUAAAAUUACGGGUGCUGUUAACAGGUUACUUUGGUAACCUGUUAUAAUAAAGGAUGAACUCAACUUGCUUACCAAUGAUUAGGAAUUUGUGUGAUACCAUUACCGUAGGAAUACCAUUACUGCUGGACUAGAGCUUGAAGCUUUUAUCAGCCUCCUUAAACGGAUUGACAAAUUUGAGUUUGAUGUAAGAAUAUAUAUCAUUUUUUCUCAAACUAAUUUAAGUUCUUGACGCCAUUUCUACGCCAGCUAUCACAUCUGAAAAAAGAAAGCUGCAAAUGUUGAUUAAUUUACUAAAAGAAAUCUUGAGUAUAUUAUCUUGAUGCUUUUGCAUAGUUUGAGUGAAAUAAAAAUCAAAGGACUGAUUUACCUACAUGGAUAAAUACUUGAUUUGUGGUAACGCUUAAUUCUCGUCGAACUUAAAAGACUUUUUUUAUUUAUAAAAUCGUGCGUUUAAAAGGAAAAAAAUGUUUGUUGUUGAAGGUGGCCGAAGAUACAUUUGCUUAUCUAUUUUUCUUUAAUUCUAAUUCUGAACUCUGUACAGAUGAUUUUGCAGCGGAAAUGAAACAUUGUCCAAUCUUCCUGAAAUGAACCCAACACAUUUUGAGGCCCCAAUAUAAAUUCAUUUGUCUAUGAAAGCAGAUUAUCAGUAAGAUGCUACUGAUAAACAAGCAUAUUCAAAUUAAAUUCCCUGAAAACUUCAUUUGAUGUGAAAACUGGCCACUAAGCAAUAAUAUGGCAAGAGAUCCUAAAUCCCGAUGUUUGAAACUUUUAAGUGAUAAUUUCCGGGUGGUAUGUUGCCAAACUGAUAUCAAGUUACCUACAAAGAUACCAAACUUGACUAAAACGAUUCAGUGGUUUUAUUAAAAUUUUCUAAUAGGUCUCUUUCCGAGUUAAUUUCGGUAAAAAUGGCUGACCAAUCCCUUUAGCCAAAUGAACCGGAAACUCUUUAUCUUAAUAGCACGACCUAACAGCUACCAACCUUUCAAAGCGUUUGCUAGUAAUGGUGAAACUUUAACCAAAUUAAAGUCGUAUCUUUGUUACUCUCACUUCGUUUCAAAUUUUCAAAACACACUGCUAGCGUGACUUUGUGAAAACCGAUUUCUUUUCGGCUUUUUAUUUCCAUUCAAUCCACAACUCGUUUUCUUUUUAAAUCAUAUUUUAUUCUAGAGUAGGGAAAGGCAUUCGUUAAAUUUCAGUUUAAAAAGAAGUCGAUUAACAUUGUGGCAAAAUCGCAGUGUAUACAUUAAAUUGCCCGCACGCCAACAAGAAAACCGUUAUAAAAUUACGAAGGCGACCCGUUGGCUCUAAAUAAGUUUAAAAGCGACUUAUGACAAGAAGAAAAUGUUGUAAGCAUAGAACGAAAAGUUACUGAAGUCCAACCUUUUCACAUAGAGUGCGACACUCAAUGAAAACAAAAUGAAAACAACUUUUCAGAUGUUCAAUACCUAUUCCAGAAAAAGAGCGAUAACACUUUUGAAAUCCACUGUUGGAAAAAAGAUGGCGGAUGUACAUUUUACCGCAAUACCUCACGGACGUAAAACAGUUUGAAGGUCUUAGAGCUCUCCUGUUCGUGUUUAUGAGCAUUGUCAGUGUUUUUUUGCGCUGUGAACUACGGGUAAAUGUACCAGUCGCCACGUUUUUCCUAUACGAAGGAUUGAAUUAGUCAGUUCUGAAGAAUACUUUUGCCUUUACAAAGAGUCGCAAAGUACUCGUCUUAUGAAAUACAUGCUGCCAAAUUCGUCUUGAAAAAAGAGUUUAAAAUUUACACAGACGAACUUAAGAAUAUCUCUGGCGAUGUUCCAAAUAACUCUCUCGAUGGCUUCAUUAUUAAUGUCCCAACAUCUAGCGAAGUUCGCAGUUUAAUAUGUGCUAUACAGAGCAUUAAUUAUGAAAGAAAUAAGUCAUAUUUCGUACAUGUUUCUUUCGAAGGUAUAGAAACACUUGUGAACCUUUGGAAAACUUGAAAGUGAAGAACCUGUGGCCUGCCGCUGUCGCUCUCACAGUUGUCGAUCUUAGUCUCCCAAAGUUACACACGUGUUUGUAUAACUCGAUAGAAACAUGGAAAUUGUUUUCUCUCUAUGUCAUGCCUAAAGCACACAAAGCUCACAGAUUUUUUUUUCUUUUAAUAGAAUUCCCCUUGCCAGGUUUAAACAAUCAAAACUUUGUUUGCGUACCAACCGGCCCCGUAAGAAUGGGUUAAAGACGACCUCCUCAAAAAUGUCUUAACGACGGCUUGCAAAGCCCUUUACAAGCAACUUGAGUUCACGAUGGGCAUUAAAAACAACACACUUUAAUGGAACCUUCUUGAAUUGCUACUGUUAACAGCUGAUGUCAGGCUUGGUGUUUUGGGAAGUUAUGCAUCGAUGUCAAAAGUUGAAUAAGCACAGGGGGGUUUUACUUAGAAUUUCGGGGUGAUAUUUAUUCUGAAAAGUCAACAAACUUUGUCAUAUAUAACGCACUGUGGCACUCAGGCAGAUGUUCCCCUUAACUUCAUUCAAGCUGGUUGCACAGCUCUUAAAUCACCGAUUAAAAAAUGUGAGAAGUUUUUGAACAAGAAUGCUGUUAGUUUUUCUUUGUCCUGUUGGAGUCGUUCAUUCUGCUCGGACAGGUCCUAUUUGUUUCUUUAUUUGCCUCUGCUCAAUAGCAAUCUAAUUUACAAAGAAAAAGCUCAUCUGCAUACAUUCGUCAUAAUUUUACUAAGGUGACGACUUUGCGGAAUAAUUGUGUGACGCUUAAUGGGCAACAUCAUGAGAACGUGCUAGGCGAAUCUAGUUCGCAUUAUUGUAGGCGAUCUAAAACAUUCAACUCCAAGAAAAGGAAAGCGCUCAAACAAAUUGGUCUGUAAGAGAUCGAGGCCUCGGAGAACGAAAUUCUUAACUGUUCUAAAAGAAACGUUAAAGAUCUCAUUUAUACCAUGACACCUGCGGAGCGAACAUCGGGAGAGUUCACACAAGUAGAUUUUUCAUAAACGCCGUUGAUUUUUGGAAUGACGAGAGACACUUCAACAUCUCCAAUAUGGUCCAGAAAAUUUCACAGCUGGUAAAUCUACGGGUCUUUGCCGCGUUUAUCUUUGCCAUAUUCCAUUUGACCGAUUCGCUCUACAUUGCGGCUCCAACGAAUAUUUCGGUUUUUAACAAAACCUCCAGAAGCCUGUUGAUCUGCUGGGAUAAGGUACCAAAUGACACAGUCCUCGGGUACAGGAUACGUCACCGUCUGAACUCAACGUCGGCUUUCCAUGUGAACGCAAUCACCGGCUUAAGUAACAACAGUUCCAACAGAAGUUCCUAUGAGAACAACAGUUCGCUUUUUGUGUGCGAAAACCGAACUUCUGCAUUAUUAACCAAUCUACAAGUUUACACUUACUACUGGGUUGAGGUGAUAGCUUUCACCAACGAUACCUUUGGAAACUAUAGCAGAAUUGAAGUGUUUCGCACAGACGAAGGAGUCCCAACCAGCCCGCCACUCAACGUAAAUGGGACGACAGAAAAUUCUACCAGCAUCACGUUGUCUUGGGACGCUGUUCCGACUCAGCAUCAACGAGGCAAAAUAAUCGGCUAUGUAGUGAAAGUUGUUGAACAUGACGGGGUAAAUGUGACGCAGUAUAAUGCCACCAAUCGAAGCCUAACUAUCGUUGGCCUCAAGAAGUUUACGUUUUACAACAUCACGGUGUCAGCAAGAACAAGCAAAGGAAUCUCUAAGGACACUACUGUGUUUCGAAUACAAACCGCCGAGGAUGCUCCAGAUAAUCCGCCCAUCAACAUUACCGCAACAGUGAUGUACCGCCCUAACAUCACUUUUGACUACGUCAUUAUUACAUGGGAACCGGUAAACGAGGGAUUAAACGGAAAACUUCGCGCAUAUAAUAUACGCUGGAGGCCUGCCGCAGGAAACGCAAGUUACAAGGAGGAACGUAUUAACAUAACAUCCUCGCAAUCUCGGAGGAGGAGGAGGAGGAGGAGCACGAACACGAUAGGUGAUUGCACCAACGACAGAAUAUUUGAGCUAAGAAAUUUGAGUAUUUACACCAAUUAUUCAGUCGAGGUCGCUGCCGUCACCGUCAAAGUUGGAGUAUACAGUGAUCCGAAGUAUUUUCUCUCUCAGCAAGGAGUUCCAUCAUUGCCUCCUGGAAACGUAACUGCCUUCAAUGAAAGUUCCACCGAGAUUAUGGUCACGUGGUCUCCGCCCAGUGAGGACAGUGUUCGCGGUGUACUUCUUGGCUAUGAGAUUACUUACACUCCAGCUUGCAAAAAUGCAUCAGCGAGCCGAAGAGUUAUGCUGUGUGGAAGAAAUACAUCAUUUCACCUGGAAGAACUUUUAAAAUACACGCUAUAUAAUAUCACCGUCGCCGCCUUUACCCGAGUGGGUAUUGGAAAAGAAAGUGAGAUUGAGCAGACCUGGACCGAUGAAGACAAACCGGACGCGGCUCCAGAAAACGUCAGCGCAGUAUCCACGACGUUUUCCAGUAUAAACGUAAGCUGGGAACCUGUACCUAAGGCGGAACAAAAUGGCAUCAUCACUGAAUACGAAGUGAAUGUGUCGAAAGUUAGCGGAGGGUUGGAAAGCCAAACUAACAUCUUUACUAAAAACCUCAGUGCUGUGAUACAGAACUUAACAAUGUUGGUGAUGUAUAGGAUUGAAGUCCGGGCUCAUACACGUAAAGGACCUGGGGAGUACAGUCCGCCAAAAAAGCUGAUGACGUUGGAAACAGCCCCUUCCGUUGUUCCCACCAACCUUACAGCCCGUCUUACCACCGGAACCGCAGUUAUAGUAGCAUGGCAAAUUGCAGACCUGGAACCUGGGUUUAGACUCCGGCGAUACGUGGUAUUUUACAGAGAAUUGGUACAUGGAGGGAGUAACAAAACCUUAAAUACGAGCUCCACUGAAACGACUGCAACUCUAAGCGGUCUGAAUUUUUUCACUACGUAUGAAAUCAAAGUGGCGGCGGCCACCAAUUUCAUAGGAAGUUACAGCGAACCGGUUAAUGUUACAACCAAAGAAGGAGUACCACAGGGAGCCCCAGUAAACGUCACAGCGAUUCCAGAGACAAAUUCUAGCAUACGAGUGAGUUGGGAGCCUGUACCCAAGGAGGAGCGUAACGGGACUAUCACUCACUACAAUGUCAGAGUGACGAACAAAAGCAGCGGGGAAGUGUUAAAUAAGAAUGUGACUGUGAGCGGAGGGGAAGUUAAACAAUCAACGUCGAUACGCAACUUGGAGAUGUAUGUCACCUACAGUUUUCAAGUCCAGGCUUUCACCCAAAAAGGCGCAGGUCCUUUUAGUCAACCUCCCGUCAAUGGAACGACUACACAGACAGCUCCUGACGUUGUCUUGAACGUUACUGCAAAAGCUCAAAGCCACUCCAGUAUUAUGGUCACAUGGAAAAUAGAACACAUUCACGACCAGUUGAGAGCAAAGAACCUCACAAUAGAGUAUUGCGAAAUGAAACGCAAUAAGCCAGAGGAAUUGGAUAAGGGUUGCAAUCCCUGCAAAUACAAGAACAUCACUGAAAUAACAGAUAUAAUAAGCUCACAUACAGAACUUCUUACUGGUCUGCGGAGCUAUACGAGAUACCGCGUCAAAGCGAAAGCAAUAAACAUCGUUGCUAAAGAUGGGACGGAAGUUACAGCUCCGUAUGGGAAGUACAGCAACCCGAGUUAUAACAAAACACAAGAGGGAGGUGAGGAAUUCGUUUUUCUUAAAAUAGGUUUUGAUUGAUUCAUUGAUUGAUUGCGUUCGAGAGGUUCUAAUCGGGUAAUGGACAAAAAAAUUGAGUUGCUGAGUAUGUAUCUCUCAAUGGACACC